UUCACUUCUUUAGGUUUGAAACUUAGCUUAGAGCUCUCCAAUGGAACUUACUCUCGCAUCCCUCUCACCCUUGGCCUUUGGUGCCGUCAAUUGUCGUAAAAUUUUUGCCCUGGCACCCCCAAGAAUGAGAAUCAAACAAGGGAGAUCAGAAUUGCCCUACCUCACAAUCACAUCCAAGAUUGAUGAGUUGCAAGUGACCGAAAGACGGUCGGCUAAUUACCAUCCUAGCAUUUGGGAUCCCAAAUUUAUUGAGUCCUUAAGCACUCCCUAUACGUCUGACGACUUUUCCAACCGAUUAGAGGACUUGAAGGAAGAAGCUAAAAGGCUAAUUAAGGACGCUAGAGACACUUCCUCCCGAUUAGAACUCAUUGAUUCGAUUCAACGGUUGGGAGUUGCUUACCAUUUGGAGGAGGAGAUCAAAGAGGCUAUUGAUCUUGUUCAUUUGGAUGAUACCACUACCUAUGAUCUUUUCACAACUGCACUGCGAUUUAGACUUCUACGACAACAUGGCUAUUCAAUUAGCUCAGAUGUGUUCGAUAAAUUCAGAAGUAAAGAUGGGAGAUUCAUGGAUGGCAUAAGCCAGGAUAUUGCUGGGCUUUUGAGUUUGUAUGAAGCUUCCCAUCUUGGAGUAGAGGGAGAAGAUGACUUGGAAGAAGCCAGGAGGUUCAGUACCAUGCAUUUGAAGGGACUGGUUGGGAAUUUGGAGGGUGAUUUAGCUGAUCAAGUGCAGCAGUCCCUGGAAGUUCCCUUACACUGGAGGAUGCCAAGGCUAGAAGCCCGAAACUUCAUCGAUAUCUAUCAAAGGCGCAAUACAAAAAACUCAGCUCUCCUUGAGCUAGCCAAGUUGGACUACAAUCUAGUCCAAUCAGUAUAUCAGAAGGAGUUGAAGGAGCUAACAAGGUAAAACUGUACUAAUUAAAACCCCAGUUGUUUCA